ACAAAUUGGAUGAAGUUACCAUUAUACCCUUCAUUUUGAAAUCAUUUAUUAAAAAUAGUUUACAAGUCAUAAUUUUAUUUACCAAAAGAGGGAAAGUCACGGGUCAGUCUCUGAAGUUGGUGCAGCACGUAACCUUCCCAAAUCUAUUACAUUGAUUGCACCUCACCUGCUCUGCUCUUCAAAGCUAUGUACGUAGUACGUACGCAUGAACUAUUUCAGACAAAACUUAAAUAAAAAAAACCGAAAAGAAAAACACAAAGACACAAAGCUCCCAAGAACAGAACUUCUGACUCCAAAAAAAGCUCCCAAGAACACAACACAGUUACACAGAGAAAGGAAAAACCCUAGCUCUUAAGAUGUCUAGAGGUCGAUCUGAUGAAGACACUGUGAAGCUCAAGGUUCAGUACAACAAGGAUGGAGUUCAAACUUUUUUCCGGGUUAAACGAAGCAUCAAACUGCAAAAACUCAUGGAAGCCUUCUGCAAAAAGCGUUCCCUUGACCCCAAAUCAAUGCAAUUCACGUUUGAUGGCGUCGGACUCGAGAAGAACAAAACUCCGGAGGAGCUUGGAAUGGAAGAUGGUGAUGAGAUCGAUGCCCUUGAGCUCGUUGAUGGAGCUUGAAAAGUUAAAGCCAUCAUGAUAUAUAUGCAGGAAGGAGUUCGUGAAAAUUUGGAUAUGAGCUAGAUUGAUAGAUAGUAAAACUUUGGAUUCUAUUUUAUACUGUUGAACUUUAUUUGAUUGAAUGUGGGCCGUUAGAUAUUGAGAUGGCUGUUAGUUAUUUGGAAAAAAAAAAAAAAAA